ACGGCGAUCUCACACGGAUAUCUCAUCAUCAGCCGAGUCCGCGCGGUCAGAUCGCCUGUGAGAGACCUCCGAGAUACAGCGGGCCAUCGAUUUCUCUUUCGACCCGGUCACAGUGUCUGCUGCAGGGUGAAAUGGCCGGUAUUUUGGCGUGGUUUUGGAACGAGAGGUUCUGGCUCCCCCAUAAUGUAACCUGGGCUGACUUAAAAAACACAGAUGAGGCUACGUUCCCGCAAGCCGAGGACCUCUAUCUGGCGUGUCCUUUAGCAUUCUGCAUCUUUAUGAUACGACUGGUUUUCGAAAGGUUUAUUGCAAGACCAUGUGCGAUGGGCCUGAAGAUCCAAGCCAACGGGCCACAAAAAGCACAACCCAACGCUAUCCUCGAGAAGGUUUUCACUGCUAUAACCAAGCACCCAGAUGAGAAGAGGCUUGAAGGCCUGUCCAAGCAGCUCGACUGGGAUGUGCGGACCAUCCAGCGCUGGUUCAGACAGCGGCGCAACCAGGAGAAGCCCAGCACUCUAGCUCGAUUCUGUGAAAGCAUGUGGAGGUUUACAUUCUAUCUAUACAUAUUUACCUACGGAGUGCGUUUCCUUAAAAAGACUCCAUGGUUAUGGAACACUAAAGAGUGCUGGUACAACUACCCCUACCAGCCACUGACUGUGGACAUCCAUUAUUACUAUAUACUGGAGCUGUCUUUCUACCUCUCCUUACUCUUUUCCCAAUUCACAGACAUCAGGAGGAAGGAUUUCCUGAUCAUGUUCCUGCACCACGUAGCAACAAUCUCCCUCAUCACCUUUUCCUACGUGAACAACAUGGCAAGAGUGGGAAGUCUGGUCAUGUGUCUCCAUGAUGCAGCCGACGUGCUGAUAGAGGCUGCCAAGAUGGCCAACUAUGCCAAAUGUCAGAUUCUGUGCAACCUCCUGUUUGCAAUGUUUGCAAUUCUCUUCAUAAGUUCCAGACUGGGAGUUUACCCUGUCUGGAUUUUAAAUACCACCUUGUUUGAGAGUUGGGAGAUUGUAGGGCCCUACCCGUCCUGGUGGGUCUUCAACCUGCUUCUGAUCCUGCUGCAGCUUCUUCACUCCUUCUGGUCCUACCUCAUAGUGAAGACGGCGUGCCGAGCUAUAUCCAGAGGAAAGGUGGGAAAAUGGAAUCCCUUACAUGUGUCAAAAGAUGACCGCAGCGACAUCGAGUCCAGCUCUGAUGAGGAUGACAGCCCCCCACCCCAUCAGAAGCACCACAACAGCACCACCAACGGGACCAAUAAAAAUCACGGGACCAACGGCUACCUGACAGGAGCCCCAUAUCCCGACGAACACUGACUAAGCUGAUAUCACAACACUGGAGCCAUGCUACAGACACCAUCCAUCAAUCUGUGUGUGUGUGUGUAUUUGAGUGUAUGGUGGAGACUUGAACAACAUCGCCUGUCUGGUACUGGAAGUUCUUACAAGAUUUAAGUGAAUGCAGUUUUGUUAUCAAUUUGAUUCUUUACUAAUUUCCUUGCGCAAUUUAUUCUCUUCAUAUAUGUAUUUGCAUCCAAAUGCACACCGAGAUAUCAAAGCACUCCUAUUGGUACAACCCACUCUGUUUAGCCAAUGAAAGCAUUCCACUUUAUGGUGUAAGCAUGCUACUUUAACAUACAGUAGUCUGGCAUACUGGGGGUGUGUUUUCCUUAUGUUUGUGUCUUUCUAUGUUAUUUAUUUUUUAUAAAUAUGUUUGAAGAUGGUAGUUGGACAUCUAUUCUACUUUGAUGUCAGUGUUAAAGAGGAAAUCAUCUGGAACAACAACACAGCUGUUUUUGUUUUUUUUUAAGCCACACAUCACGACAACAAAUAUUAGCAAAGUGCUGAAGACCUGGGUUUACUUUUAAUGCUACACCCCCAAAGAUUUGCCAAAACGAUGACUGAGUUUGUCUUCACUCACCAAUGGAUUGUAAUGUGUGAAGUUUACUCACAUUUAAAAAAAAAAACAAACAAACAUUCUCCACUCAAACUGUAUAUGAGAUGUCAAUAACAGUAUUAUGUGUGUGCAUCAGAUAUGGCUAGAUGCUGUAUUCCCUAUUGAAGCAUUUUGUUAAGUAUUCUGGUACAUUUCUGGUAAGCAUUUCAUUAAAGGCCAUUUGCUGUCUUACGAGGCAGACCUGAGUUGUUUUAAUUAUUCAAUAAAAAAAUACAUGA